AAAACCCGCAUUUCAGAAUUGCAGACACAUCACAGAUAAAGAGAGAAAGAGAGAGAGAAAGAGAAAGAUAAGAGAGGCUGGCUGCAACUGCUGCUCUGUUUUCUCUUUCAUUGUGGUCCGUUUAUGGCGAUCUCAACUCAACCCAACCAUCAAUGAUAGCAUUAAAUAUCACUGAUCACUAUAAAGGCAGAACUUUGAAGCAUUUCAUGACAUGGGUCAUCAUCUUCACCUCCACAACACAAGCGAUGGCGUCUCUCAGCGAGUCAACAGCCCGAGGUUUUCGGGCCCAAUGACUCGCCGAGCUCACUCGUUCAAGCGCAACCCCAACACCAGCGCCAACAAUGGCAGCUCUCAUAGCAAUAGUAACAGUAAUAACAGCAGCGGCAAUGUUGGGUUUGGUAGUGGAGAGUACGAAAUUGACCUCCAGCUGAACUCGCCCAGAUCUGAAAUUGGUGGGAACUCGGUUCCGGGUGAUGGGUUUGACUCGGUUUUGGAAAGGAAGCAGACCCACCAUGUGAGCCAGAGAGUUGCUGUGAGGGGCUUUCUGAGGAAGCCUAUUGGAUCUGUGGUGGUGGACUUGGGCUUGAGGGAGAAGAAGCAGCUUGGCCAUUGGAUGUUCUUCGCCUUUUGUGGGGUGUGCUUGUUUCUUGGUAUUCUAAAGAUUUGUGCUACUGGGUGGUUUGGAUCUGCUAUUGAAAGUUCUAGGUCCAAUCAGGAUGAUUCUAACUCCAUCACUCUUAUGAAUCGGAUGGAUCAAAGCUCUCAUGAUUAUGGACAUAGGGAUGGAGGAAGUGAUGUUGAACGAACUCUAAUGAUGGCGUCUGGUGUGAACCGUGUGGUUGGUGAAGAGAACAGCGUUGAAUACACAGAUAUCUGGUCCCGACCCAACAGUGAGAAUUUCAGUCAGUGCAUUGAAUUGCCAAAAAUUCACAAAAAGCUAGAUGCAAUGACCAACGGUUACCUUCUUAUAAAUGCCAACGGCGGCUUGAAUCAGAUGAGAUUUGGGAUUUGUGAUAUGGUUGCUGUUGCUAAGAUUAUGAAGGCAACACUUGUCCUACCUUCACUCGAUCACACCUCCUACUGGGCUGAUGAGAGUGGUUUUAAAGAUCUGUUUGAUUGGCAACACUUCAUUGAGACACUGAAGGAUGAUAUCCACAUAGUUGAGACAUUACCCCCUGCCUAUGCUGGAAUCGAGCCUUUCAACAAAACACCAAUAUCUUGGUCUAAGGCUAGUUAUUAUAAGUCGGAGGUCCUCCCACUGUUGAAGCAGCACAAAGUUAUCUAUUUCACUCAUACCGAUUCUCGGAUUUCCAACAAUGGCAUCCCAAGUUCCAUUCAAAGGCUGAGGUGUCGCGUGAAUUACAGGGCAUUGAAAUAUUCAGCUCCAAUAGAAGAGAUUGGAAAAACCUUAGUUUCUAGAAUGAGGCAGAAUGGAGGCCCUUAUCUUGCUCUCCAUUUGAGGUAUGAGAAGGAUAUGCUUGCAUUUACGGGCUGCAGUCAUAGUUUGACAGCAGAAGAGGAUGAUGAACUACAGAGCAUGCGCUAUGAAGUCAGUCACUGGAAGGAGAAAGAGAUUAAUGGGACAGAGAGAAGGUUGCUUGGGGGAUGCCCAUUGACCCCUAGGGAGACUUCACUUCUGCUCAGGGGGUUGGGUUUCCCAUCCAGCACCAGGAUUUACUUGGUAGCUGGUGAAGCUUAUGGGAAUGGAAGUAUGCAAUAUCUUGAGGAUGACUUCCCCCACAUCUUCUCCCAUUCCACUCUCGCGACAGAAGAAGAGCUGAGUCCAUACAAGAAUCAUCAGAACAUGUUGGCUGGCAUAGACUAUGUUGUUGCUUUACAGAGUGAUGUUUUUCUUUAUACUUAUGAUGGAAACAUGGCAAAAGCUGUGCAAGGUCAUAGGCGCUUUGAGAAUUUUAAGAAGACCAUCAAUCCAGACAGGAUGAAUUUUGUUAAACUUGUUGAUGAGUUUGAUGAAGGAAAAAUCUCUUGGAAGAAAUUUAGUUCGAAAGUGAAAAAGCUUCACAUAGACAGAGUUGGAGCUCCAUAUUUGAGGGAGCCAGGAGAGUUUCCAAAGCUGGAGGAAAGCUUUUAUGCAAAUCCUUUUCCAGGCUGUAUUUGCGACUCAAGAUGGAAAAAGUAGAGGCCAGCUAACAGGUUUUGCAUUAUUUCAUGGUGUGAGAUCAGAGCAUGCAAAAACAUCAAGGUGUGUGUUGCCAUUAUUUCGGACGAAUUGGAAAUCAUAAAUUUCAAUUUUGAAAGAGAAUUGGUAGGUUGGUUGGUCGGCAAGUGUACGUGCUGUGCUCACCAGGGUAAAAAAAAUCCCGGAGCAGUGUGGAACAUAGACCAGAAGUUGUUGCAGCCUAAUCUGAGGGUGAACACAGAAGUCAGGUGUACAUUACCACUACUGGAAAGUAAAGAUCGAUACAACAAAACACAUAGAGAAACCUCCUUACCACUGUACCACAACCGUUAAAGAACACUGGUGUUUUCUUUUGCUAUUAAUUUUCCUUUUUUCGUUCAAAACAUUUUUUUUUAGGAGGGGCGUGGGAUGUUGGGGUUUAAUGUAUCAUGAAGUUCGAAAAAUCGAUAGGAAUACAAGGGAUGAUACUGAAUGGAAUGUGCAGUAGUACAAAAAUAUAAUUCAA